AUGACUAAUCUUAUUGUGGAAGAGUAUUACAGUGUCGGCGGCAAUAGACAUAGCGCAGCGGCCGACUGGUCCACGAUUUCCGACCAUCUUGCGUUUGGGGCCGACAACAAUAUUGCAAUAUGGUCUCCAACGCGGCACUCUCGACACGGCAUAUCCGCCAUAUUAAAAGGCCAUUCCGAUAAGGUCACGGCGGUCAAGUUUCUGACAAGUUCGACGACCCAGCAUCCCCAGCAUCUGGUGGGUGGAUCCGCAGAUGGGAGGAUUGCCUUGUGGAAAGUUCCCGACAAUGGUGCACGCUGGGAAGCUGCUGUAGCGAAUGUUGUCGCGCACUCCGGUACAGUCAAUACCAUUGCGACUAUUGCUGGGAUAAACGCCUUUGCCACUGGUGGGGCGGAUGGCAAGAUCAAGCUAUGGAGAGUUGAUGGUGAUAAUCUGGAAGUGUUGGGCGAACUCAAUUUGAAACCCAGAUGCAUCCCCCUUGCACUAGCACUGAGCCCAUUUUCCCAAGAGAAGAGCCCAGACAGCGCUGUGGUUGUGGUCGGAGGCACUCGGAAUGAUGUCCAGGUGUAUUCGGCCGAGAGCAUUUCGACAGCUCCCCGGUUCACGCUAUGCGCCACUUUGACUGGCCAUGAAGGAUGGAUUCGAUCAUUGAGCAUCACAACGAAUACCGAUGGAGGACUACUGCUUGCUUCCGCAAGUCAGGACAAAUACAUUCGAAUCUGGCGUUUUCGUGACGGAAAUACUUCGACGGCCACAGCCCCUAGUUCUACUAACUCAACCGCCCCGAGUACAACGUCGUUAACCGCCAAGGUACAGACAGUAUAUGCUGGGGCUUCUAAGUAUUUGAUCACCUUCGAAGCGUUGUUGUUGGGGCACGAAGAUUGGGUUUAUUCCACUGCCUGGAACCCGAAGUCUCUCACUCAGCAACUACUGACUGCUUCGGCAGACGGGUCGCUUUCGAUCUGGGAGGCGGAUCCUGCGUCGGGAGUUUGGGUGAGCAUUUCUCGGCUUGGGGAUAUUAGCAGCCAGAAAGGGGCAACUACAGCUACGGGUUCGUCAGGAGGGUUUUGGACUGGGUUGUGGUCGCCGAAUGGUGAUCAUGUGACGUGUCUGGGCCGGACGGGAAGCUGGAGACUAUGGACAUACAACUCUGCAUCGGAAUUCUGGACGCAGACAUAUGGGGUCAGUGGCCACAUUGGCCCCGUCAAUGGUGUUUGUUGGGCACCGGACGGCAGCUAUCUCCUCACGACCAGCUCAGACCAGACCACUCGUUUGCAUGCACAAUGGUCCUCAGAUGACAUAUGGAGCUGGCACGAAUUCUCACGGCCACAAAUCCACGGCUAUGAUUUGAACUGCAUUUCCUCCAUCACUGCUCAUCAGUUUGCCUCGGGGGCAGACGAGAAACUUCUUCGCGUGUUUAACAAGCCUAGAGACAUUGCCGCGAUGCUGCACCGACUCUGCAAGAUAUCCUUGCCUACCGAAGACGCGAAAUUACCUGAUACAGCGGCAAUCCCAGUUCUUGGGCUUUCCAACAAAGCAACAGACGAGCACGAUGCAACAAUUGAGACAACAGAAGGGGAAUUGGAUGCUAAUCAGGAGAGCGAUUAUGGGUCAAUGUUGUUCAAUAGCGCCGAACCACCCACAGAAGACCUUCUGGCGCGACACACGCUAUGGCCGGAGGAAGAGAAACUGUAUGGACACACUUAUGAGAUCUCUGAGGGGGUGACGUCGACAGAUGGGAAGCUUCUCAUGACGGCCUGUAAAGCCAGUUCGAUUGACAAUGCGGUGAUUCGACUGUACGAGACAGAGGGUUGGAAUGAGAUCAAGCCCCCGCUUGUGGCACAUUCGCUCACUAUCACUCGAUUGGCACAUUGCCCCAGAACGCCUGGGUAUAUUUUGAGUGUGGGUCGAGACCGGCAAUGGGCCGUUUUUCAACAAUCCGAAAAGACGGCCGGACAAUGGACACUUGUCGCGAGCAACCCAAAAGCACACACGCGCAUGAUUCUGGAUUGUGCCUGGUUUAUGAAUGUCUCAAGUCCAAGUUUCGUCACUGCAGGAAGAGAUAAAUCGAUGAAAGUGUGGAGUGCCCAGGUGUCAUCUAAUCAAUUCAAUGUGGCCUGUGUUCUGGAGGUCAAGAGAAAAUCGGCUGUAACAGCUGUUGCAGUGCUCUCAGAAAAGUCACGAUGGAUCAUAGCGGCAGGCGAAGAUGAUGGAAGCAUCUCAAUACAUGUGCUGGGAGGUGCAGACGGCAUGAGAGUUGUGACAAGUCUUGAUAUUGAAGCACGUCUUUGCCCAUCGGCCACAGUCAGCCGGCUGGCCUGGCGGCCUUGUAUGGAGGGGGUUUCGUACUGUCAGCUCGCGGUGGCAUCUGUUGACGGAUCGAUUCGAAUACUGCGAGUCAAUCUCGAAGAACUCGGUGGGGAAUGA